AUAUUAUCAUGGUAUAGAUCCAUCUUACCUAUGUUGAGCUCGACUUCUUUUUAUGUUGUACUUUUAUAAGGUAUAGCUAAGAUGACUUCGUAUAUCGAAUUAGUACUAUAGAUUAAGUACAAUUGGUUUCGGAGAUAAAUUUCAAGUAUUGUUACUACCUAACAUAGAGAAUGGCACACGCAAGAACCCCGCUUUGCUAAUUCGUGGUAACGUAUAACCCACACCUAUUAAAAACUACCUUGAAUAUGACUCCAGAGCAAGAUACGAUACCAGUGAUAGACUUUAGCGCAUGGUCGAGGGGCUCGAUAGAAGAUAAGAAACGCAUUGGUCGAGAAGUAACGGACGCGUGCCGUCGGGUUGGCUUCGUAUAUAUUAUCAACCAUGGCAUACCGAGUGACAUCCUCAAGGAAGCGUUUGGUUGGUCGAAGAGACUCUUUGAUCUUUCUCUCGAAGAAAAGAUGCUAGCUCCUCAUCCUCUAGGUCCCACUGUCCACCGAGGAUAUUCGUGGCCGGGUCUAGAGAAAGUGUCGCAGGAUAUCAUCACCGACGGCGACGAGGAAAAAGAGGCCGAGAACCGAAAGAUCUCCGAUUUUAAGGAGAGCUAUGAAAUUGGUAGCGAGGACUCAAAAACUCAGCCGAACAUAUGGUUACGCCAGGAAGUCCUCCCUGGUUUCCGGGAAUUCACGACGCAAUUCUACUGGAAAUGCCACGACGUAGCGAAAGAGCUGUUGCGCGCUUUAGCAAUCGGCGUUGGUUUAGAAGACGAAGGUUUCUUUCUACGCUUCCAUAGUGGCAUUAACAACCAGCUACGACUGCUUCAUUAUCCACCGAUUGAAGCAGAGAAACUUUCCAGCAAUGUUGUGGCUCGAAUGCCAGCCCAUUCCGACUGGGGGACGAUCACGAUGCUUUUUCAAGAUGACUGUGGAGGGUUGCAAGUCGAACAUCCUAAUGAACCUGGGCAUUUUGUUGACGCGACGCCAAUAAAGAACGCAUUAGUUAUGAACGUGGGUGAUUUGCUAAUGAGAUGGAGCAAUGAUUUGUUGAAGUCGACCCUUCACCGUGUUACCCUCCCACCGAUUGAGAACGAUAUACGAGUGGACGGGAAAGUCGUGACAAAGUCAAGAUACUCGAUUCCUUACUUCGUUUCACCAGAUGAGAAAUCUGUUAUUGAGUGCUUGUCCGUUUGCACGGACGAAGACCAUCCCAUCAAAUAUGCGCCUGUUGUGCAAGAAGACUACCGACGGAUGAGGGCGAGGGGACAGUAUGCGGAAACAGCUAACGCUCCAAUACCCUAGGAGGUAGGUACCUAAGACAUCCAUAAUUGCGAGAAUAAAUAUAUAAAUCUAAAUAUGAAUCGUGAUAAAUGUUUUUAUAAGGGAAAUCUCAGAUAGCUCAUGGUACAGCGUUAGGCAGUAAGAGGUACCUGUACUAUGUACUCUAGAUACCUAUCUCUUUAAUCUCCAAUUUUGCACAUGUAUCAUCCAAUCAGAUCAACUACCAGACUCUUUCAACCAAUUACAAUGUCCUAUUUUGCCAGGGCCACGUUUAAGCGCUGAGUUUAGCGCCUAUCAAAACACCGUAGCGCUUGGCCGCGCUGCUCGGUGCUCGCGAUCCCGGCGACAUUUCGCAGAAGUCAUUGG